AUGGUUAAAAAUGACCCGAAGUGGAGGACAAAACUGAGAUGGGCGUUGUCAAGAGAGGAAAGAUUAGCUUGCGGUAAUGCUGUCGAGGAUGACAGUAGUGGAAGUGAAAAGCGGUGUAGAACUGAUGAUGAAGAUGUUGUUCACGUUACCGGUUUCACUUCUGGGGGUCUUGCUCGACCUGAUGGCGUUAAAAAGGCAAAGUCCAGGCGUAAUAAGGGAAAAGGAGUGGUUGUUGACGUCUUAAGCAUUACCGAGCAAAUGCAGCAGAAUAAUGCUACGAGGGAAAUCGAGGCACAAAUGCGGUUGAAGAAGAUGGAUUUCGACAUGGAAAGGGAAAGAAGGAAGCAAAAACAAGUAGAGCUUCACCAAAAACAAGUCGAAAUUCAAGAGAGAAGGCUUAACUACGAAAUGCUGCAAGAUCUAAUGGCAAAGGGACCGGACCUAACUCAUGAUGAAGAGGCUUACAAGGAAGAAUUACGUUCACUACUCUAUGUGUAUAACGACAACCAAUUCCGCCGUAGAUUUCGUAUGCGAAGAUCUUUGUUCUGUCGCAUUAUGAAUAAGGUGGUUGAAGGGGAUCAAUUCUUCCAACAACGUCCGAAUGCAGCUGGAAAGCUUGGUUUAUCACCGUUGCAGAAAUGCACCGCUGCAAUAAGAAUGUUAGCGUAUGGCGUAGCCCCCGAUGUCGUGGAUGAAUAUCUACGUAUCGGCCAAACAACCUCAAGGAAUGCAUUGCAACAUUUUUGUCAGGGGGUUAUUUCACAAUUUGAAAGUGAAUAUCUACGUAAACAUACAGAUGAAGAUUUAAGGAGAAUCCUUCAUCAAAAUGAAUUGCGUGGGUUUCCAGGCAUAAUUGGUAGUAUAGACUGCAUGCAUUGGGAGUGGAAGAAUUGUCCUACGGCUUGGAAAGCACAAUAUGCUGGUCGUAGCAAGACUGCAACCCUCAUUCUUGAAGCCGUUGCUGAUCAGGAUUUAUGGAUUUGGCAUGCGUUCUUUGGAAUGCCUGGCUCAUGUAAUGAUCUUAAUGUCCUUUACCGUUCACCGGUGUUUGAUGAUGUUUUACAAGGUCGUGCACCACCAAUAAAUUUUUGGGUAAACGGACAUCAAUAUGAGUUGGCCUACUACUUGGCAGAUGGGAUUUAUCCGAAAUGGCCAACUUUUAUACAAGGUAUUACACAUCCUCAAGUUCAAAAAGAUAAGUUGUUUGCUGAUCAACAAGCAGCAGUUCGGAAAGACGUUGAACGGGCUUUCGGAGUUUUACAAGCUAGGUUUGCUAUACUACGACAACCUGCACUGGCCUUCGACGAAGAUAUUCUUUGUGACAUUAUGAAAGCCUGUAUAAUAAUGCACAACAUGAUCGUCGAGGAUGAACGACACAACUACACACGGGCAGAUGUUUUGAGACGAUACUACGAAGAAGAUCGACCACAACGUCCAGCAGUGCGGGCGGGACCGAGCACAAGUGCCACGGUGAAUAACAACGAGCCAUUUGAAUUCAACGUCGGGCGGCCGCCCAACAUAGAUUUCAACGCGUAUUUUCAGAGGAGGAUUGCCCUUCGUGAUAGAGAAAUUCAUUCGUCUCUCAAACAAGAUUUAGUAGAACACAUAUGGCAGAACUUUCGUCAUAAUACGGCCGAAUAA